UUCAUUUGAGAGACUUGCAUUGACCGUAAUACUCGUUUGUGUGUCCGUGACACUCAUAUGAAUAUCUUGUUUAUCCCAUCAAAGCACCCGCCGGCGCGAAACAACACCGGCGGCUCAAGGGAGUGUAUGUGUCUCUAUGGAGUGCCAGCAUCAAUAAGAACUUCACCAAAAGAUAACAGAUGAGCCACAUUGACGAGUCACCCUCCCUGCCUCCCGCGCUACCCCUCCCAACCCUCAUGUCUGUCUGUCUGUCUGUCUGUUUGUGUGUAUAGGCCAGUUGCGCGGGGUCCCACACGCACAUACAGGGGUCCUCUACAUUGAACCGCCGCCUUCUCUGUAAUGAGAUCGAUAAAAACUGUCGCGUCCAUCGAAGAGCCAAAAUUAUCGUUCUGCCACUCUCUGGCCAAUGCAAUCGGCAGUUGUGCAUUCAUGUGCACUAAGGCCGACAAGCCGUACACGGCGAGCUCUUGCAGACAGUCUCACAAACACUCUCUCCUCUCCUUCGACAAAGAAGGCCGCCAACGGCCACACACACACACACACACACACAAACACGGCACGAGCCCACGGCAGGUCGUAUGACAAAUGACCGCCAUAACGGCAGCGCACAGAGGAAAAAGGCGACGAGAAGGAACGUCCCCUCGUCGCCGCACGGGCGAUACAUGUAACAACGGCCAGGAGGGGCCAUCAAUAUGGUACACUCACAUCUACACUCACAGCAGACAGACAGACAGACACACAGACAGACAGACAGACAGCGCAGAGGCAAUCGACAUAGAAAAGGAGCUCCGGAUUCAUGGCCCCCCUCCCUCCCCCCUGUCGCCCUCCCCUUCCCUCCCUCACUCUUGUGCAGCUGGCUCCUGAGAGGGAGGUGCAGCAGCUGCGCAGUCAGCUAGAGGAGCUGCGCCCCCAGCACUGCCCCAGUUCACCGCCGGUGGAGCCAGGAAGGCCGUCAGUUCCCGCCGCUGCAGCCACUCAUGCAGUGUCUGCCGUCGUAAGCCCCCCGGAAGCUUGUUUAUGUUGAUGCUGGGUAGCGGCUCCCCCUGUCGCCAUGGUAUUGGUGUGAUGGGAUGGUGAGGAGUGCCGUCAGCCUUCUUCCGUCUGGUCAGGGCCCCGCCAGGAAAGAGGUUGCCGUCGUGCGCCUUGCCGCCCAUCCACUCCCCCUCGAACCACACCACAGGGCUGCCAGCUUUCUUGUAUGCCUUCCCGCGACCGUGCCUGUAGCCGUCCUUCCAUCCGCCGGCAUAGAUGAGGUCAUCGGACAAGGGAUCUCGCAGCUCCCCCUCGCCGUGUGGUUCGCCGUCGCGCGUGAGGCCGCAGUAGUGGCCGCCCGACACCUUCAUCCGGCCCACCCUGGCCUCUCCUCUGUAGGUCCUCUCUCCGUUGGCCCACUCGCCCUCAUAGAGCAGCCCGCCAGAUGCACAGAGCUGUCGCCCCCAGCCGUGCCGCUUGCCCCCCCUCCAGCCACCUCUGUACCGGGUGACGGCUCCACAUCGCAGCUCUCCCUCUCCAUGUGGGUCGCCGUCGACGGUGGGGCCGUGGUAUGCCUGGCCCUCCCAUCGCAUGCCCGUCGCCUCGCCAAAGCCCCUCUUUUCGCCAUCUUUCCAGCCGCCCGUGUAGGUCACCUUGCCGUUAGUGGAUUCCGCCCCGCGACCAUGGCGCCUGCCCUUCUCCCAGCCGCCAGUGUAGCUCAGCUGCCCCUUGGCGUCGAAUUCCUCCCCCAGGCCGUGCCGGGUGUUGUCGCUCCACUCGCCGUCAUAGACAAGUGUGCCCUCGCUGAAGUGCUUGCCCCUGCCGUGUCGUGCGCCGCCCUGCCACUGGCCGAAAUAGACUGUCAUCGCCCCAUCCGGUGACAUCAGCACGCCCGUCCCCUCAGGCUGUCCGUUGGCGCCCGUGCCGCCGAAAUAUUGACCGUUUUGGUGGAUGCUCGUCUGCAGGGUGACGUCGUCAUUCUGCGUCUGCCGCGCACGCAUCCUCGUCAGGUCGGCCUGGGCAGCAUCGCGUUCGGCCCGUGCAGCGUCGCGCUCAGCCCGGGCAGCAUCGCGCUCGCGUCUGUAAUCUGCAUUGUGUCAAACGGAGAGGCACACACGACACACACACGAAUGUGGCAGUGACAGACCUGGACGUGAUGCCUCUCUGUCUGUUGUCGUGUGCGCACCGUCAAGGACGUUCUCCAUCGUCUCGGCACCGAUUGUGGUCGAGCGUCUCUGUCUCUGCAUGGCUCCUGAUGAACUUUCUGCCACAGAGGAGUGAGGAGUGGCCCCUGGCGAACGCUCAGCGGAGGUGCUCGACGAUGACUGGGCGUCAGAGAAGGCCUCACCGUUGGCGGUACCCUGGAGGAACGUGCGGUCUGGCGGCAUGAUGGUGGCUGGGCGCGGCGGCCCGACACACGACGACGAGCGAAGAAGGGCGGCUCGGUCAGCAAAGAUCAGUGCUUGCCACCAAUACAACAGGCGCACAGCUGACUGUGAGGUACUCGCAAGACAUCACGGCACGGGGGGGAGAACGAAUCCAAG